GAAGGCUUUGGAUGCAUGAUUCGCUCCAAGAAAUGGGUCGGCAAAUUGUACUCCGAGAAUUUCCUGAUGAGCCUGGCUGGUGCAGCAGGUUGUGGUUUCGUGAAGAUGCCAAUCAUGUCUUGAGCAAAAAUACUGGAACAGAGGCAAUAGAAGGCAUAGUUUUGCACCCAUCUGAUCCAGGGGUACAGGUGCAUGCAAAUGCUAAAUCCUUUUCAAAGAUGGUGAAACUAAGAUACCUCAAGAUUAGUAAUGUGCGCCUUUAUAAUGGACUUGAAGAUCUUCCCAAUAGCUUACGCAUUCUUAAAUGGACGGGGUAUCCUUUAACAUAUUUCCCAUCACAUUUCAACCCAGAGAAGCUACUAGAACUCAAAAUGUGUCAUAGUUGCAUAAAACAUUUUCGGAUGGGAACAAAACCUUUACACAAUUUGAAAACCAUCAAACUCAGUCACUCUCUGAAUCUUGUCAGCACGCCAAACUUUAAAGGAAGGUGAUGGUGGUCUCAAGUUGUCCUUUGGCUUUUUAGCUUUGUUUGGACUUUGAUUCUCUGAAUGUUUGGCUUUCAAGCUUCUGGACUCCAUCUCGGUCUCCACACCAUGCGUUGGUUUUGGUCUUCAUCCACUCUGCUUUGUUAUUGGCUUCACUUGCAUCACCAAUCCCAUUAAUUGGUGUGUGUGGGGUGACCUUAUGAUGCAAGUGAAGCCAAUAACAAACAAGAGUGCCUUGUAGCCUUAGUCAAUGUUCAAAUCUGAUUUGAUAUUUUGGUUUUGGGUGGAAGAAUACUGUGAUCUUUCUCUUAAUAUGGUCCAUACGUACUGGAACAGAGCAAUAUCCAGAGUAGAAAAAAGAACAACUAGUUUUCUAUUUUAUUUUGUUUUUAAUUUUCUGUGGAUCAGAGCAGCACAUGCUCUCAGUUGUAAGCUGUGCCGAGACAGAGUCAAAGUCUUAGUCAGAGAGCAUUUGGAGGGAUCAAUUCACGUCGGUCAAGCUUUUCCCUGGAAGGUGUGCCUUCAGCAAGGUUUAGACUUUAAGAUGACAAGCCCUUACCCUACUGGGCCACUUGCACUUCCUCCUCAACCAUUGACUUCUUCACCAAAUACCAGAGUUCUAUUGAGCCACUCGCACUUGACAUGUAAUUUCAUAUUUUGGUUUUGGGUGGAAGAAUCAUCUGCUCAAAUAAUUGAGGUGGUAUUUUGAUCUUUCUCUUAAUAUGGUCCAUCUUGGAACAGAGCAAUAUCCUGAGCAGAAAAAAUAAAUAAAUAAAAGAGCAACUAGUUUUCAUUUUA